UGUCAACCCACGAGGACCAGAUUUUUUCUUUUUUGAGCAUCCUUUUUUUUCCGUUAUGCAUGCAUUCGUUAAAACAUAACUUCAUAAUGGGCUCAAACUUCUCGGUUGCGAGAUCACUCCAUCGAGCUCAGCAGACGGAAAAGAUUCUGGCCGCCAUGGCAAGUCGUAAUCUGGGAGCAUUACGUCAAAUAGCACGAGAACCGGAAGGAUACGUUCACGAUACCUUGCGUCGUUUUGUAUGGCCGAUAUUACUACAUACGCACCAAGGCUGUUAUAUCGACGAGAAAGGCAGUGAUAAGGAUUUACCGGAUCCUAGCCAAAUCUCCAAGGAUGUCGAAAGAUCACUUUAUUACUAUCCUCAAGAUAUAUCACCGAUGUUAAAGGCACACAAACAACAGGAAUUGCAUCAAAUGAUCGUCGAAAUACUCUGGAGGAACCCAAGGCUGAAAUAUUACCAGGGUUUCCAUGAUAUUUGUACUUGUUUUCUUUUGGUGCUAGGAAAAAAAGCUGGAAUUCCAGCCGCUGAAAAUGUCGCAUUAUUCUUCCUAAGGGAUGCCAUGUUAGAUUCUUUCGAUCCCAUUUCCAAGCAGUUGCGGUUGAUGAGUUCCAUUAUCGAAUAUGAGGAUCCAAAACUGACGAGUCAUUUGGAACACUGCAACAUUAUGCCGUACUACGCGCUGAGUUGGAUUUUGACGUGGUUUAGUCAUGAUUUCGAGGAUCUUGACAAAGUGGUUCGGUUAUUCGAUGUAUUUAUCGCCAGUUCAGCCAUGAUGCCUAUUUACGUUGCCAGUGCGAUCACGUUACUUCGGCGUACCGAACUGCUUCAAGCCAACGCGGAAAUCCUGCAUUCCCUGAUCACCCACGUCCCACAAGAUAUCGACCUUGAAAUGGUCAUCCAAACCGCUACCCUGUUAGAAACAAAGUAUCCCUUGGUGCAACUGCAAAAGCAAAGUGGUAUUUGGCUGCAUGAUGAAUCGGCUUUGAACACCUGGGAUAAAGAUUACAGCUUUUUAGGCUGGGACGAUGUACCGAAUCGUUUGCAAGCCGAUAAGUAUCUAAGUCACAGCAUACCCAAGGAGGAAUGGGAAGAUGAAAUGUUGACAGAAUGGAUGGAACGACGGAGGCGACAUUUUACCCAUGAUGGUGGUGGACCCGCCAUCAAUUUUUGACCUUUUCUUUAUUUAGUUAUUUAUUGAUCCCACCCGUAAUAUUGGUCCUUUUUUUUGACCUGGUAGUAUAAUAUCUUUAUAUUUUUAUAUUU